ACCGGGGAAGCAGCUCCUCUCCGCUCCGCCUGUCCCGGGACUUCCAGAGCGGGUACCGAGGAGCCGCGCAGCCCCACGCCGGCCGCAGCGCACCGCAGGGCGGACACUCUUGCUGCCGAGGGCCGCCCCCCGCCGCGGUUCUCCCUAUAACAUGCAGUUAGUCCGGGGGGGUUUCUCAGCCGCCCCCCCUGCAGCUCCAGCCCCUGCUGAUGAACGGAGAUGAGGUCUGGACCUGAACUUCAGCGCUGCCCCCCCCACAGGUCCGGGACGUGCGCGUAACCGCGGAGGGGGGGUCCGAGUAAUACCAGCGGGCUGGACAUGUGAACGCGCCCGGGGGGGCGCCCCGUUUCCCCCCUCCCUCCCUCCUCCCUCCCUCCUCACUCCUUCUUCUUUCUUUUUCUCUUCUUUCCUUUUUUUACUCACUUCAUCGGACAGCGCGCCCACACACACAGACAUAAACACACACGCGCCUCCCGGAGCGGACAGAUAUGUAUUCUCCGCUAUGUCUCACACAGGAUGAAUUCCAUCCUUUCAUUGAAGCCCUGCUGCCUCACGUCCGGGCCUUCGCCUACACAUGGUUCAACCUGCAGGCUCGCAAGAGGAAGUACUUCAAGAAGCACGAGAAGCGCAUGUCCAAGGAGGAGGAGCGCGCUGUGAAGGACGAGCUUCUCAGCGAGAAGCCCGAGGUCAAGCAGAAGUGGGCGUCCCGGCUCCUGGCCAAGUUACGCAAAGACAUCCGACCCGAGUUCAGGGAGGACUUUGUGCUGACGGUGACGGGGAAGAAGCCGCCGUGCUGCGUGCUGUCGAACCCCGACCAGAAGGGCAAGAUGAGGAGGAUAGACUGCCUCCGGCAGGCGGACAAGGUGUGGCGGCUGGACCUGGUCAUGGUGAUUUUAUUCAAAGGAAUUCCUCUGGAGAGUACGGACGGUGAGCGGCUGGUCAAGUCACCGCAGUGCUCAAAUCCCAGCCUCUGCGUUCAGCCGCACCACAUCGGAGUCUCCGUCAAGGAGCUGGACCUCUACCUGGCCUACUUCGUCCACGCAGAAAACAGCCAAUCAGACAGUCCGAACCAGGCCAGUGACUCGGACAUCAAAGAACAGCCAGAGAACGGUCACCUGGGCUUUCAGGACAGCUUCGUCACACCCGGAGUCUUCACGGUGGCCGAGCUCGUACGAGUCUCUCAGACACCCAUCGCAGCAGGAACCGGCCCAAACUUCUCCCUGGCCGACCUGGACAGCUCCUCCUACUACAGCAUGAGUCCCGGAGCCAUGAGGAGACCUCUCCCCAGCACGUCGUCCUCCAGCUCUGCUAAGAGGAUAAAGUGCAUGGAGGAGGACGUGGACAGCCCGGGCGAGGAGUCCUACUACCCCAGCCAGGGCCGGUCUCCAGGCAGCGGCAGCCAGGCCAGCAGUUGGCACGAUGUGGAACCAGCUGGAUAUAAGCUGCGUGGCUCUCUAGCUAGCUCGUUCAUCUCCCGACAAGGGACGCUGUCGCCCGCCGCCACUCUGAGGAAGUCAGAGAGGUCUGGUUUCUGCGGCGUUGCCCCAUCGCCGAGCGGCUCUGCCUCCUCCUCCUCUUCUUCCUCUUCUUCUUCCCCCCGAAUGGCUUUCACACACCAUCACCGGCCCGUCAUUACUGGGCCUCGAGCGAGCCCCCACGCCCCCCCCUCUGGCCUCCACUUCUCAUCCUCCCCCAUCCUGCAGCAGCCCGGCUCCUACUUCUCCCACCCGGCCAUCAGGUACCACCCCCAGGAGACGCUCAAGGAGUUCGUCCAGCUGGUGUGUCCUGACUCCGCCCAGCAGGCCGGACAGGUGGGCUUCCUUAACCCCAACGGUAGCUCCCAGGGGAAAGUCCACAACCCCUUCCUGCCGACGCCCAUGCUGCCGCCCCCGCCGCCUCCCCCCAUGGCCCGGCCCGUCCCGCUGCCGGUCGACGCCAAGCCCCCCUCCACCUCCUCCACCGAGGGGGGGGGCAACUCCCCCACCUCCCCCACCUACUCCACCCCCACCACCUCCCCAGCCCAGCGGUUCGUCAGCGUCGGCCCCCGAGACCCCGGCUUCAACAUCCCUCAGCAACCACAGUGGUACCUGGGAUAAAGACUCCUGAGGCGCCUCCUCCCACCUGAACAACGGACCGCUGCAGUCUCCUCCUCCACCUUUGAUCUUUGAUGCCAGCUGGGAAGAAAGCCCCGCCCCCAUCGCUCCCGCCAGCCCCGCCCCCGGGGUCUGGCUCCGCCCCCACCAGCGCCAUGCAGAGACUCCGUAGCAUCAGCAUGGCUCCAGCAGAUGUUUACCCCCCUCCCUGUGAACUGUGACCCCCACCCUCGUACCCCCAUCCCCAGACGGGGCUCCUGGACCGAGCCUUUGAGCUGGAGCUCCGCGGCCCCAGUCGGUGCCGUUGGUGGCGAUGGAUGGAGAUGGGAGGCCAACCAACACCUCCAACACUCACACAGACCCUCACACGUUUCCUGGGAUGGACCAGUUGACCCCCCCCCCCCUUCCAAGGACAUGGACCAGUGCUCGAUGGGACGAGCCGAUGGGAAGCGGAGUGGGCCCCACCCGACGCCCGCCUGCUUCAGUAUCAUGAACUCCACGUGGAGGCCGCGGGGCGGACAGGGCUGUCGGGUGGGAGUGUGUCGAUGCCGCCGGACGCCGGCCAAUCCCAGCUCGUUUCUGUGGGGGCUUUCGCUUCAUGGCUCAUUGAUUUUUUCUUCUCUCAACUAUCAUUUCAGCUGGUCCCCUCCUCUUCCUCCUCUAUCCAUCCACCAGUCUGGGUGGGGGGCAGAAAGCUCCGGUGUCCGGGGCAGCAGGCAGGCAGGAAAGGGAACUUUACUGGUGGAAUAUCGAUCAUAAGGAAAGUGCAAUUUUGUUGGUGAGGUGUUGGAUAGUUAAAUAUCUUUGUAAGAUAGCCUGUUGAAAACAGUUGUUGAAAAGUAUAUAUAAAUAUAUAUUUUUCUUCCUAGUCCACAAACACCUCUGGGACUCUAAAAUACAGGGGUAAAAAAACACAACAACAGCGUCAGACUAUAACCCUCAGCCUUGUGAAACAAAUGGGGAGCUGUAUUCACUUUUAUUGUUUAGUAAUUGUUGUUUGUUCAUCUUGUAAAGCUCUUAGUUUGAUAGGAUAAUCCCUUUAAGAGAUAUCAUUUAAAACAAUCAGUUUUUAAUGCAUUUCCUGCAGCAAAGUCUGCUUUUGUUUAGUUUAAAACAAAAAAGACAAAAAAAAAAAAAAAAACCGCUAAGCGACUAACUUAUUUUACUGAGCACUUAAUUUUUACUUCUUUUAAAAAAACUGAAAUUCAAGAAGAUUCACUUGAAUUUAAGCUGGAAAAGAAUUGUAUUUCCUCUGCUGGUGAGAUAAUCCGCCCGGCAACGGGCUUCCCUGUGAUUGGCCGGCUCUCCCGGAGGCCCAGCCAAUCCCCAGCACUUCUUCCUACGGUCGGCCAAUGGGCCGCGAGAGGGUAAUCAGGGGGCGUGGUUUAGUCAUGAAGAGGCGGAGCAACUCUGGAAGCUUUUGUCCAAAUGCAACUUGACAUUUAUUGAGCUUCAGUUUUCUUUCCUAUUCUAUUGAUAUAUAUAAAUAUAAAUAUAUGAAUAUAUAAACACAUUCACACACCUACAACCAUCCCGCAUUGAAGAAAAGUGACUUUAAGUGAAAAAUGAUUUAAAAAGACAAAAAAAAUCUGCAUGUUCUAGUGUUAGUGACCGUUUUUUUUCCAUAGAUGAUGUAGUUAAAGAGAUAAAGACACUCUUGUAACCCCAACGCCGGGCACCCCUAGCAGCCGUCGGUUUGUUCAGCCCCGUCGGGGCCUUUUCUAGCGCUAUCGUCUUAGCUUCUCAGCUUUCCCUCCAUUCCUUCGAUUUCCCUUCCUUUCCUCCCAUUUCAUGAAGCAACAGGUCAGUUCUGCUAGCGUUUUACCCGUCUGGUAACGAGUCGCACGUAAUCAGGUGUUCCUCGUCAAUGUGCCUUGAGCUAACGGCUUGAUCCCGGGAGGCUGAGCGAGAGACGGCACGGAGAAGCUGAGUAUUAGCUCUGCCGUCUGCCCCUCCCUCACCUGGAGACGGCUCACAGGUGAAACUAGCUGUAAUCAGAUCCAUCGUCAUGGCCGCCGCCAACAGACGGCGAGGGCCAGUCACGUGAGCAGCAAGUCUGUGGAACUCUGAGGAAGAGCUUUGACCACGAUUAGCCUCAUCUCCAUCAGCAGGUUCACUGCCCCGCUCAUUUAAAGGCGGCUGCAGUUGAUUGAACUUGAGCAGGAAAGCAGAAUGCAACAAAACCCAUGUUUGAGCCACAUUAGGACACAUUAGGAGGGGGGCUUUUUGCAGAUAUCAGUGACGCCAUUUAUCAAAUUAAUCAAAUAUUCCUUCAAAUGAAAGAGAAAUGGACAUUUUAGUACAACAUACUCCUUGGUGUUGCUCUAACUAGUCCAUAUUUGUUUUUGAAGGUUCUGAUGUCAGCCUUGUCUCCGGCAUACAGAGGUUUCUUCACUAUCAUAGAAUCUUUUGAUAUAAUGGACUGUGAAUGAUGAAAUAUUCUUGUUAGUGAAGUAAUAGUCUUGUUGGUCUGUUUGACCAUUUGUUGACACUUUUUCUCAGAUCAGUGAUCCUUCCGAGAGACUCUCCAGGAUGCUUGUCUUAAUGUUUCUAUCCAUGUCACUGACUGGUUGAUCUAUUUAGUUGUCGGAUGUUCCUCCACGUGUUUCUCCGGCAUUUUGUUGCCCAUGACCCAAAUCCUUUGGAACGUGUUAAUGCCAUCAAAUUCAAAAUUUGAAAACCUUUCAUGAAAAAGGAGAAUCUCUCAAUUUUAACUGUUGUAACUAGAAUAUGGGUUUAUGAAAUUUGCAGUUCAUUUUGACACUUUUUGCUCUUCCAUUUAAGACAACAAUCCAUCUGUUUCUGGAACCAGCGUUCAGCGCGUUAAACUAUCAGAACGUUUCAGCAGACAUGAUGCUCAUGUGACUAACCUUCGACCUGCAGAACUGUCUGGUAGAUUUGUUCUUCCUCUCCUUCGUCCCCUGCCAUGACCAUCCCGUCUUUUCCUCGUCUUCCUGUUUUCACUUUUGCUCCGUUUGUUCGCAGAUACGAGUAACAAGGACAUAAAAUAUGCAAUACCUGCUUGCACUCAGACUUAUUUUGUAUCGCUGGCGCUGUUUGUUUUCCUUUCGUCCGGACUUUCAACCAAAGUUAGCGUGCAGAUGACUUUCGUGCUCCGUGGUCAGUCCCUGAAAAUGGUGAAGCCCUGCAGCGGCGCUUACUCCCCCUGACACGAUGUCGGGUCUCUCUUUGAGCCUUAAACUAGUCCAGCGUCUUCAUCUUCAUCACACGGAAACCGGUUCAGACAAGUCGUAGCCCCGUCCUGUGUACUGACUGUCCAGACGGCGGCCUGGCAGCAACUUCAUGCUGUUAUUGUUUCGUUUGUGUGGUGCGUGCUUCCUCUCUGUCUUUGUCCUCGCCUACCCUUCAGCCAUGUUGGGCAUUAACUCUGCACUACCGCCUCGUUUCCACCAGCUUCUCAUACGAUACGUCCAGGAACCACCGUUUUUGUGACGUGACUGAAGAAGUCAUUCCGAUUUUUUCAAAGCAUUAUUUGACACACUGUGCAAGGAUCCAACGCUCGCUAGCACAGCAAACAAAAACUAGCAGGCUUUUGCAAAAGUAACUUCUCGUGGUCGUUUGACUACAUCACAGCAUUUACAAGCGUCAGCAGUUACAAGAAUAGUUUCUCUGUCAUGGCAGAUAGCAACGUUAGUCCUGUAAGCAUUAGCAUCAAGCCUACCCGUCCGUGUCCAACUGUACUUCCUUGCUUCGUACACCAGGGGGCAUGCUCCAUUUUACACUAUGUUUAGACCAAGGAUGAGUGGAAACGGGGCUUGAAUAUGAAAUAAAUAACAAAACAAUACAAUUUCCAGGGCUUAAGAAGAAUGAAGGGAAUGAAAAGAAAAAGUUGCACAGGAAAAAACAAAAAAAAAUAAAGCAGCCAAGUAUCUUAUCGUCAACUUUGGGCUGUUAACAUCAGAACAAAAGUGUUUUUAACGAACAAAAAGUGGAAAAAGUACCUACAAGCAAUAGUUUGGGCGGCGUGUUUUGUGUGUGGUUUAAUUUGUUGCGGCAGCGAUGAUGAGGGGGCGGAGCCACAGGGCCUCGGACGCAUUUCUGUGUUGUAUAGUUUUAUUCUUUACACUGAUUUUAAAGCUCCCCGAUUUUAUAAUGCAGGACUUUUGUAACAUUGAUCAAAUGAGGAAAACUAGUGUUGUGAACUGAUUGUUUGUAUCAAGGCCACUUUUAGAACCUUGUUGUUGUUUUUUUCUUCCUGGGAACUGGAUUUAAGUUGAAAACUUUCCUGUUUCCUCAUUUUCCUGUUUUUAUUUUCUUUUUGUAUGUAUUUAUGAUCAUUUCUUCUGUGGAUGAUUUAGCGUAUUCCUGCUCUUUAGGGCGCUGUGGUGACGAGACCAUUGUAAAUGGAUGUGACGGUAUGCUGUAUGUUUUUGAAGCUAAAUCUGCUACAAAAGUAAGCUUUUUUUUUUUUAAUGCAUCUGAAGAGGUUUAGUUUUAGGCCGGAGACAUAGCCAGCCAAAGGAUGCGCCAACUAGAAAUGCAUCUUGGCAUCUUUAUUUAUUUUAUUUUUUUGUGUUCAUCAUUCCAUGCAGGAAAAUAAACAGCUUGAUUAUGCAACAUGAUUCUUUUUCUUUUCCAUCUGUUUCUUUCUUCACUGCUCCCCCAGCUCCCCCCCCUCCUGGAGCCCAGAGCUCCACUCUGAUCUCUGUCCAUCCUCACAUCCACCGAUACCCAUUGCUUUCAUGCAUCCGAGGAGCGACGAUGAAGGACGGUGUGAUCGAAGUUUCUGCUUUCAAAGAUGUGAUUACACGGGCAGAUCAGCCACUCUAAUGAUCGGUUAAUCUUGCCCUCGCUGUGCUCACCGACAGCUUGAUCAUUGGCCCUUUGCAUCAUCUGAAAAUAUAAAGUAAUGUCCGUCACGGUUUCUUUGCUCUCAGAUCAUUAAACUCUGAGCUGUUUGGAUUUUUGGCGGGUUAAAUUCUAUAGAAAUGCAGAAGGGUUGUCAGUACGGCUGCUGCCUGUUGUCCUGUUUGUUUGCUAUGAAGCAGCUCUGAGUUUGUGCGCAGCUCAUUGGCCAGUUGCAUAGUUUUAACAUGGGAUACAGCAGGUGCUGUGAGGGCCAGGCGUGGCCCAAAAACCCCCAGGAAAAUGAGGAUUUGGUUCAUGUCUGGUGGGUGUGUGGCCAGGUUGAGUCAGCCGCACUCACCUUGAGUCGUCUCGGCCGGGCAACACACCCCCUGGGGCCCAACAAGCCUGUAGAUAUGGGCCGAGUUCGGGACAGACACCCUGCUGUCUGGGAAACCUCUCCAAGGUCAGGGCUGAUUUGGACUUCAUCUAAUUACCAUGUCUCGGACAGUAACAAAACUUUGAGAAGAACCAAAAGUUAGAUUUCUACCUAAACGGGAGGAAAGUUAUUGAAAUGAAGCAGAAGCUCCGAUCACACUUUGAUGGGAAGUUUUGGAGGGAAAAUCCAGGCAGAAUUGAAAAGUUGCACCUGCAGGCGGACUGAAAUGUGUUUUUCUACGGCCAAAGCCGACACCAAUGAGGGGUUUUGAAAGAAACCAUUGGGCCAGUUUUUCUCUUUUCCUCUCCAUAAGAUAGAUAAAAUGGUCGACAGUUAGCAUACGUCCAUAUAUUAUCUGCGCUUCAUUAUAUCCCAUUCAGGGUUACGGGAAACUGCUGGAGGCUGUCCCAGCUGUCAGUGGGGGAAAGCCAGACUGUGCUCUGGACGGGUCUCCGGUCCUCUUGAACCAAGGGGUGGGGUCUCGUGUGUGUCACAACGCCUGACUGGUAAUCGUGAGGUGUUACCAGACACUGGCCGUGCUGAUUGUUGAAACAUGGUUGAUAAUGGCCAACCUCUGCUCUGGCUGGCUGCAGGAAUCAUGCAUCUCCAACCCAGAGCCUUGACUCAUCCAGAACCCUGACCAAAGCCCUGAACCCUGAACCACAACUUGGAGCGCUCAAACCCCCCCCCCCACUUCCCUUCGACAGCUCACCUUUGGAUUUGAAGACUUCUUCGUUCUUCGUCCUUCUUCGUUCCACCAGGAAACAGGGUUGGACGAAGGCUUUAACGCCUUUGUCGUUGUUACACGUGUCCAAAUACUUCUGCUGAAAUGUCACCCGCACCCCCACAAACCUCCCCUCCACACACCCAUCCCAACCACCGCCACCACCAACAAACACCUUCCUCAGAGCGGGCGGCUGUGGGAGUCGGGGGUCACCGGACCCGCGUAGUAGACCAGGGUACUUUUACUCCCCUGGACAAAAAACUGCAGUGGAAGGACGACUUCUGUCAGCGCGAGCUGGACAACAGAUGGCACCAUUUUAGGGAGACGAAGGAGAGUCAUGGGCGAGGGGGCAGGAAUCACGGCAUCACCGCUCCUCCAAAGAGACUUUCAUCCGACGUAAACCCGAGUCAUGGUGCUAACGGAGCGCUACUCGAGCCCUAGCUAACAGAACGCUAACAGAGUGCUAAUGGAGGUGAACUGCGACCAGACAGACUCCCAUCAUGCUUCCCCACAGCAGUCCGAUCUGCAUGAGAACUAUGCACUGACUGAAAAUUCAACAGCCAGACGUGCGCGCGGCGCGGCUCACGUGCAUGCGUGGACUUUGGUUUGAUUCGGUUUGUGAAAACUUCAGCCUCUGCCUUCUUUUACUUCCAGAUCCCAGCUUCUACAGACCGAGUAACUCCAAAAGAAAUGAAAAAUAAGAACAAACCAGCAUAUUCCACAUGAUAUACUGAAAAAGAUCAAAUGUAGUGCCUGUGAAAACCUGUAUUAUACUGCUCUUCUGAAUUAUUGUUUGUAACUGUUGACAUUUCUGAACACCAGUAGCCUUUCUGUCUGUCAGGCCUCUCUGAUUAUAACUAAUGUACAAUAAUCAUAAGAUAUAAGUGCAUGCUCUUCCAAGAUCGCCUAGUAAACUCAUACGGAGACGACAAAUGUGAAAAAAAUGAUGAAAACGAGACAUUCUGUUGUUUUUUGGUUUUUCUCUUUUCUUUUUCCUCCUCCAGGCCUCAAACUUCAUCCCCACCCCCACCUGGACUCUUUCUUGUUUUAUUUUUGUUGUUAUUAAAACUCAGAGAUGCGAUGCUUCCAUGACGACUGCCCCGGGCCACCAGCGGCCCGCCACGGCUUCGCAGGGUUUCAGACCGACAAUCUCCAGCUAACGUUACCAUGAGCAUCCACCCAGCUGGUCUCAACCCCUCCACACAGACCCCAGACCCCCACCAACCCACACAUCCAUUGACCAGCAGGCUGAGAAAUCGCCGCAUGGCUCUGGGUGAAUCCUCCCCCUCCUCCUCCCAAUCGAUAGUCUCGGUCUUCUUUUCUGCAGCGCUCAGCAUUAUCUAGGACCCCCACCCCUCAUCCACCCCCUACUUCCUCCUGGAGCCUCCUCUACACCUCACCCCACCCCCAGGACUUCAAAUGAGUAGGAUUAGAAAAGGUUUAGAAAGAGAAAGCGGUAUUAGCACCUGUGAGACCCCCCCUCCCACCCGGUCCAGGCCAGCUGGGGUCGAUCGGCUCGUCUAGCUCACCUCCAGUGGCUCCUCGGCAUUCGACUCGCUGCUGUCGAUGCAGCUCAGCUCUUUGAAACUAUACAGCUUCUUCGACUCGUGCGACUCUUUUAGGUAGAAAACUUCAGGUGGACAAACUUUACUGAUGACCUCGCUGUUUCCGUUAAAGGACAAUGCCACUGUUUGUCUGCGCACUGCUGCUGAGGAUCUUCCUCCGAUUUGUCAAGUUUUUCCGUUCGGCUGCGGAUCAGAUGUUAUUUGAAGAUUUGGAAACAUAUUAUGCCCCUUUUUCAAAGGUUGACACAAUCUUCUAAAUUCUUAAUCUGUAGCUAACAAGCAACUCAGACCCGCCAGUCACUAAAAUUCAAAGGUUAAAAGUACAGCUGCUGCCCAUUAGCGGUUGUGGCUGUGGUUAUUAUGUACGCAUGGGUUCGCCUGUUGCUACAAAACACUCCUGAAUCCGGGGUCAGAUGACAGCGUUCAGGGUUUUUUUUUAAUCACACAAUGUAGCACACCAAACAAAGAGGAAAAGGAUCUUAGCAUUAACACUAGAACUACCACUUCUGCCGAAACAAAACACAAUCCAACUCCAAAAAGCUAAGUGAACAUGUCAGAAUGCAGUGUGCUACAGAAAACCACCACCAACGACCAGCUGCUACAUGCUACCAACACUAGCUUACUAGUGGUUGAAAGCCGAGACUCCACAGGUUGUAACGAUGUAGAGAGAUGACCACUCUGAGACAAAAACCCACAGAGAUAGCUGUCCAAAACCAACAAACACAAUCACAUUCUGCAGUCUUGGAGUUGUUUUAAACCUGUGACAAAAGAAAACAUUAGCUAACUCCAAAUAAGAUCUUCAUGAGGUGUUGACAAACUGCUAACUAGCUCUUGUAUCAUAAUGACAUUAACUGUUGAAAGUGGCAUUGUACAUAUAAAGACAUUCUUACCUGUUAGUUAAUGCUUCUCGUACCACAAAGGUUUUUUCAUCUCUCUAUUCUGGUGGAUUUUAUUCAAUGUUUUAAUCAGAGUUGUACAGCCAUGUAGUCGUCAUAGACUAAUCAAAGUGAGGAAACUCUUGGAGAUAUCACCCAUAUGUUUCUGAAGAGUGAUUUUGAAGCCGUUUUACCAUUUUACUGCACAACACUAUGUUGGUAGGAAGAGACUCCGCCCAACCCGGUUAAUCCAGGUCUGGAACCUGCCUGGAAAAUAGCACCAUUAGCUCAAAUAAUGCAAGAUCAAAGGAGAUUAAUUUAUCAUUGGAUCCACAGUGGUCUUUAGUGGUCAGUAGAGGAACUGCAGGUCUGAUCCAGACUCUAGUGGUCAGUAGAGGAACUGCAGGUCUGGAUCCAGACUCUAGUGGUCAGUAGAGGACCUGCAGGUCUGAUCCAGACUCUAGUGGUCAGUAGAGGAACUGCAGGUCUGGAUCCAGACUCUAGUGGUCAGUAGAGGAACUGCAGGUCUGGAUCCAGACUCUAGUGGUCAGUAGAGGAACUGCAGGUCUGGAUCCAGACUCUAGUGGUCAGUAGAGGAACUGCAGGUUUCUUAAUUACUGUGUAGUGAGUUGACAGAUGGUGGGGAGGGUUGAUUGGUGGAAUGGUGGGUUUGCGUCAGAAGAGAUGAAGCUCCCUAUUAGUAGUAGUAUUCCAUAAAUUAAAUGAUUUAGCAGUCGGUCAUUUACCUAAAUAAAGAAGAUUAACUUUUGUUACAUUUAGCAGAGCGUUCAGCACUUGGUGGUCUCCUUGAUAAGAAGCUACAUGAUGGGGUGAGCUUCCAUAUUUUUCAGGACCCAUUGAAGGUCAUUGAAGCCGACGCCUUUCUUAAAACCCCCAUCUGCUCUGAUUGGUCAGUCGCAGAGGUCUGAUUCAAUGGCUCCGCCCAGUGCAUCUGCAAUAGUACAAGUUCCCAGAUGAAGGAUGAAUCUGCAAUUUGUGCUUGCUUUUGUUUUUUGUUUUGGAGUGAUAAUAAGUUAAGGAUGUUACCAAAAUUGAUAAAUAAACAUUAAAAUGAAUUUACAGCUAAUUUAACCAGUUGUCAUGAGUAAAGUUUAAUGUCUAAAAAAUGAAAUGUAAUCAAAAGGUAAAAUUAAGGAAACUCAUUUGUUGACUUUUAAAAUGUAACAUACAAAACAAUGGCAAUGUCCUUUAACAAAAUAGAAUAGUAUAGAAUAAAAUAGAAUAGAAUAGAAUAAUUUUCCACAUAUAGGAUUUUUUUAUUACUGUGUUGAAUUUCUUGCCAAACUAAAACCAGGGAUUCAUGUAUUACGAUUUUUAAAACUGCCCUCCUGUUUUCCAGCCUGUUGAUGUUUUGAUUGUUUGAUAUUAUCUCUAACAGACAUAAUCGAUCGGUCUGAUUAGCUUUUAUGACGUUUCUCUCGUUGCCUUUUCUUCCGGCCCUCUGGAGGUGGUGCUAAACGCAGCUAAACCACGACAAUCUCGAGGAAGGAGAGCUUUAUCUUUAUCUUAACCUGCGCACAGGUGGGUGGGCUGUGACCCGUAGCAGUCUGAGUCAUAUGUACGUAUCUCAUCAUCCCCUUCUCACCAUGAUCACCUGACCUUCAUCCUCAGCAGAACUGACUGAUACCUUGUGCCUCGACAACUCUUUUAUGGAAUAUGGCGCCGUUUUCUGCCUCUGCUCCGGGUCAGCGACCUGGUGUCACCAGAUGUUCAGUGUGAACCUGUUUCCAUUAGUUAUGUGAUGUGCCGUCAUCAUCCAUUUUAUGUUUUCUGAAGCUGUGAUGUCGCCCUCUGUUGUCACUCUAUGGUACUGCUUUUUUUCUCCCAGUUCUCCCCUUCUGCAAAUGUUGUUUCCAUUGAACUGGUGAACUGUACACCCUUCCCCACCCCAUGUUCACGCAGACUCAAUUUACUGGAAGCAAGAUGUGCAUUUCCU